AUGCCACUCAUCUUUUCCUCAGCAUAUUUUGCUACACUUUUGGUAACAUUUCCAAGCCAAAUUCAUGUGACUUUUGGCAACAUAGUCACUGGAAAACAAAGGGUCUGUAACCCAUCAUUAGUUUGUUUACUUCUGCCUUUGUUUUGGUUCAUUUGGGUGGUGUCUCUCUCAAUAGAUUCCAAUGAGAAUUCCACAUGUUCAAUGGCUUUCCAUCAUAUUCUGCUACUGCUUUUGGAGAUACCAGAGUGUUGACUUCUUUGUGGUCUCUGCCCAAAUAGUUGAGGACCAACAACAAUCACUGCUCAAACUGAAGAGCGAGCUCAAAUUCAAGCAUGAAAAUUCCAGCAAACUUGUAUCCUGGAAUCUAAGCAUUGGUUGCAGUCAGUGGAUAGGUGUGAAGUGCAACAAGGAGGGGCAAGUUAUUGGCCUUGACCUGAGUGGAGAAUCAAUCUAUGGUGGAUUUGACAAUUCAAGUAGUAUUUUCAGUCUGCAAAAUCUUCAGAGUUUGAAUUUGGCUACUAAUAACUUCAGUUCCGUCAUUCCAUCUGGACUCAACAAGUUGAAGAACUUAACUUAUCUGAAUUUGUCAUAUGCUGGCUUUAGGGGACAGAUUCCAAUUGAGAUUUCUCACUUGACAAGGUUGGUUACUCUUGAUAUCUCUUCUCUUUCAUAUUUAUAUGGGCAACCACUGAAACUUGAGGAUCUAGAUCUAGGAAAGCUUGUCCAAAACCUCACCUGGAUUAGGAAACUGUAUAUGGAUGGUGUAAGUGUAACAGCUCAGGGACAGGAAUGGUGCAAAGCACUGCUGCCACUGCUUAGCCUUGAAGAACUGAGCAUGUCAAACUGCAAUCUCUCUGGACCCCUUGAUCAUUCCUUGAUAACACUUAAGAAUCUUUCAGUCAUUCGUCUUGAUCAGAACAAUUUAUCAUCACAAGUGCCAGAAACGUUUGCUCAAUUUCCUAAUCUGACAACCCUUUAUCUUAGUUCUUGUGGAUUGACUGGAGUAUUUCCGGAGAAGAUCUUUGAGGUAGCAACAUUGUCUGAUAUAGACAUAUCAUUCAAUUAUGAUCUUGAUGGUUCUUUUCCCAAAUUCCCAUUGCAUGGAUCUCUUCGGUCAUUGGUUGUAAGAUCCACAUAUUUCUCAGGAGCAAUACCAGCUUCUAUAAGUAAUCUGAAGCAGUUAUCCAUCUUAGAUCUUUCUAAUUGCCUGUUUAAUGGAACACUUCCCGGUUCAAUGUCAAGACUCUCGGAGCUUACUUAUGUGGACUUGUCAUCUAACUACUUCACUGGUCCAAUUCCAUCCUUGAAUAUGUCCAAGAAUCUCUUCCAUUUAGCCCUCUCACACAAUGAUUUAACGGGUUCAAUUGCAUCUCUUGGAUUGGAAGGCCUAAGAAAACUGGUCCAAAUUGAUUUACAGUACAAUUUACUCAAUGGAAGCAUUCCUUCCUAUCUUUUUACACUUCCAUUGCUAAGAAGUAUUCGGCUUUCAACCAACAAUUUUGGAGGCCAUCUGGAUGAAUAUUCAAAUAUCUCUUCCUCCAUGUUAGGGAUCCUUGAUUUAAGCAGCAACAAUUUAGAAGGGACCAUUCCUAAAUCUAUUUUUCAUCUCAGGUCGCUUAUUGUUCUCCAAUUGUCUUCAAACAAGUUAAAUGGCACUGUCAAGCUAGAUGAGAUUCAGAGUCUAGAGAAUCUAACUACAAUAGAUCUUUCGUACAAUAACCUGUCAAUAGAUACAAAAGUUACUGAGGCAAGCCUAUAUUUAUAUUCUUUCCCUACGAUGAGCACUGUGAAGUUAGCUUCUUGCAACUUGAUAAAAUUUCCCGGUUUCUUGAAAAACCAAUCGAAGCUAACCAAUUUAGACCUCUCAAACAACCUUAUUCCAGGAUUUAUACCGACAUGGGUUUGGCAACUUGACUCUCUUGUUCAAUUAAAUCUCUCUCAAAAUUUUCUUACCUAUUUGGAUGGAUCUGUACAGAACACUAGCUCUACUUUGAAGGUGCUUGAUCUUCACUUCAACCAACUCCAAGGGAAGCUCCCAGUUUUUCCAGGGCAAGUCGCUUAUUUGGACUAUUCAGGAAAUAACUUCAGCUUCAGUAUUCCAUCAGAUUUUGGUACUAAUCUCUCUUCCAUAAUAUUCCUGUCUCUUUCCAGAAACUAUUUAACUGGGAGUAUACCUAAAUCCUUGUGCAAUCGUUCAAAUAUGCUAGUUCUGGACGUUUCCUAUAAUCACUUUGAAGGGAAAAUUCCAGAGUGCUUAACACAGAGUGAGACGCUUAUGGUAUUAAAUCUACAACAUAACAAUUUCAGUGGCAGCAUUCCAGAUACAUUUCCUGUAUCUUGCGGUUUAAGGACUCUGGAUCUCAAUAGUAAUCUAUUGAGAGGCACAAUUCCCAACUCUCUUGCAAAUUGCACAUUAUUAGAAGUGUUAGAUCUUGGAAACAAUCAGGUGGAUGACAGAUUUCCGUGCUUCUUACAGAAGUUACACACAUUCCGUGUCAUGGUUUUGAGGGGCAACAAAUUUCACGGAAAAUGCUUCAGGACAUGGGAGGCAAUGAUGCUUCAUGAGGGUGAUGAUGUAACAAAUUUCAAUCGCAUUGGAUCUCCGGUCCUUAAAUUUGGCAGAGGCAUAUAUUAUCAGGAUUCAGUGACACUUACCAGUAAAGGACUUUAUGCUCUCAACUUGUCACACAAUGAUUUGACCGGCCCAAUCCCAUCAUCCAUAGGGAAUUUAAAGCAGCUUGAGUCAUUGGACCUGUCAAGCAAUCAUUUUGAUGGAAAAAUUCCCACACAGCUUGCAAGUUUAAGCUUCCUUGCAUACCUGAACCUUUCCUUUAAUCGUCUGGUGGGAAAAAUCCCUUUAGGUACUCAACUUCAGACAUUUGAAGCAGCUUCCUUUGCUGGUAAUGUAGAAUUAUGUGGAGCUCCUUUGACUAAAAAGUGUUCUGAAUCGAGCAAUUCGAAAGAUGUACAUACAGAUUUAGGAGUUAAAUUUGACUGGUCUUUUAUAUCAAUUGGAGUGGGUUUUGGGGUUGGAGCAGGAUUUGUUGUUGCUCCAUUAUUGUUUUGGGAGAGAGCGAAAAAUUGGAGCAACCAUAAGAUUGAUAAAAUUCUCCUAGUCAUUCUUCCAAUGGUUGGUUUGUCGUAUACACUCAUUGAUGAUGAUGAAGCAGAUGAGGAUACUAAAGAAAACAGCCCAGAUAUGGAAGAGGAGAGUGAUUAUGACAAUGAAGAAGACAAUUUGGGCUAUCAAAGGUUUCAAGGGAGGUAUUGUGUUUUAUGUUCCAAGCUUAAUAUGAGAAAGAAGAAGGCCAUUCAUGACCCAAGGUGUACCUGUUACACCAAACCAACAAUUUCAGCAUCAACUUAUCCAGAGUCAUAUUCUUCUCAGUCACAUAUAGGAUGAAAACAUACUCAUCUAUUUCUGUUUUGUUUCCCCUUCAUUCUUUGUUGAUAUUACAUAUAUGAUAUAUGUAUAUUUUUAUAUGC